ACGUGGAAAGUAAAGCAAAAUCGGUUGCAAAUUGUAUGCUUUUAUACUUAAAUUGCUUUUAAAUUAUGCUAAAAUCUGUGUUUUCUAGCAGCAGAGUGAUUAAUUGUACAGUUUAGUUGAUAAAAGUUUUAUUUUUGCAGUUUAAAUCGCUGCUAAUGAAUCCCCAAAUGGCUUCAUAUGGACAGCCCCCGCAGGGCUGGCAGCAGGCUCCAAUUGGCCAGGGUCCACCCCCACCUGUGAAUGGAGCUACGCAAAAUCUUCCCAACCAAUUUCAAAAUAUGUCACUCGGAGGGGCACCAAAAGCAAAUGUAAGUGGUCCACCGUUUCCAAACCGAGCAGAGGUUGGUAGACCACCAUCAAUGACAGCACCAGCUUCGGGAGGAUUUUUCCCAGCUGCAGCUCAGCCAUCAUUACAAAAUGGGCCCCCACCAGCACCCGGACAGAACUAUGGCCUUUCAAAUGGCCACCAACAAGCAUUGCCAGCUCAGCCAGGAAUGCCACCCAUGCCCUCUAUGUCAUCUGGUGUACCGCGUGCCCAGUUUCCACCAACUACCACACCCAGACCUGGUCAACCGCCUAUGGGCUAUCCCACGCAAGGAAUGCCUGGUGUCCCACCAGCUUUUCCGCCAACACAAGCGUAUCAACAAAUUCCGCAACAAACACCAACUCAGCAACCGCAGCAAUAUCCACCACAGCCAAAUCAAGUGCAGUAUCAACCACAAUCUGGUGCACCUUCACAACAACAACCACAACAUUUCACCGGUCCAACUGGAAUGCCUCCGAUGCCACCCACUGGUAACGUUCCCAAUCAAUACCCAUCCGGACCAGCUAUGCCCCCAGCAAUGACACCAGGAAUGCCACCGGUAUCGUCGGCUGGUGGAAUGCCUGUUUAUCCUCCGCAACCCGGCCAGAUGCCAGGUCCUCCUCAUCUACCGCCUCCGCAUGCUCAUGGAUAUAAUCAGCCUCCUGGUCCACAAGGAUUUAACCAGAUGCCCGGCUACCCGCAAGGCGGAAUGCCGUCGCCGCCACAGCAGAAACGUCUCGACCCGGACAGCAUGCCCAAUCCGAUUCAAGUAAUAAAAGAAAAUCAAUGCAAUUGUGGAGGAGUAUUUGCUACCAAUCAAGCCGGUUUGGUGCCACCUCUGGUGACUUCAGAUUUUAUAACACAGGAUCAAGGAAAUUCCGGUCCACGUUUCAUUCGCUCGACAAUGUAUAAUGUACCGAUUAAUACGGAUAUGAUGAAGCAGAGUGCAGUUCCAUUUGCACUCAUCGUUUCUCCAUUUGCACGUGUGGCCGAGAAAGAGUUAGCUCCACCGAUCGUCAAUUUUGGUGAACUGGGGCCCAUUAGAUGCAUUCGUUGUAAGGCUUACAUGUGCCCAUUCAUGCAAUUUAUUGACGGUGGUCGGCGUUUCCAGUGCUUGAUGUGCAAAGCCACCACGGAUGUACCUACUGAGUACUUCCAGCAUCUCGACCAUACUGGUCAGCGUAUGGAUAAAUACGAGCGUCCCGAACUGGUUCUCGGGACAUAUGAAUUCGUCGCGACCAAAGACUACUGUCGCAACAAUACGCCACCCAAGCCACCAGCGAUGAUUUUCCUGAUUGAUGUUUCCUACAAUAACAUUAAAUCGGGCUUGGUUCACCUACUUUGCUCGGAGAUGAAAAACAUUAUUCAAAACUUGCCUGUCGACGAAGGCCAGCAACGAAGCGCGAUGAAGGUGGGCUUCAUUACCUACAAUAGCUCGGUUCAUUUCUACAACGUAAAGAGCAGUCUUGCUCAGCCACAGAUGAUGGUCGUCGGAGACGUUCAGGAAAUGUUUAUGCCAUUAUUGGACGGCUUUCUUGUUGAUCCUGAAGAAUCAGCUGCCGUUAUUGACGCAUUAAUGGAACAAAUACCCAGAAUGUUUGGCGAUACCCGCGAAACGGAAACCAUUCUGUUGCCAGCGCUACAAGCAGGUCUUGAGGCUUUGAAAGCUUCAGAGUGCGCAGGUAAGCUGUACGUGUUCCAUUCUUCACUACCAACAGCGGAGGCGCCAGGAAAACUAAAAUUACGCGAUGAUCGAAAACUCUUAGGAACGGAUAAGGAGAAAACGGUACUAACUCCGCAAUCGACAGUUUACAAUAUGCUUGGUCAAGAAUGUGUUGGAGCCGGCGUAUCAGUAGAUCUGUUUGUAUUCAACAACUCAUACAUAGAUCUGGCCACUAUCGGUCAAAUUUCCAGAUUAACCGGUGGUGAAAUCUACAAAUAUACAUACUUCCAGGCCGACAUCGAUGGACAACGCUUAGUCAAUGAUUUAAUCAAAAACAUUUCGCGACCAAUCGCCUUUGAAACUGUUAUGCGUGUACGUACUUCAACUGGAAUAAGACCAACAGAUUUCUUCGGUCAUUUUUUCAUGUCCAACACUACCGAUAUGGAAAUUGCCAGCAUCGAUUGUGACAAAUCGGUGGCGAUUGAGAUCAAGCAUGACGAUAAGCUAACCGAUGACAAUGUAUUCAUACAAGUUGCACUUCUAUAUACCAGCUGUUCCGGGCAACGUCGUUUACGUAUUCUUAAUCUCAGCUUGAAAACUUGCAAUCAGUUGGCGGAUUUGUUCCGCACUUGCGAUUUGGAUACGGCAAUCUUGUUCUUCGCUAAACAAGGUCUCUUCAAAUUGCUGGAAAAUUCUCCGAAAAUGAUUAAAGAUUCGCUCAUCAAUCGGGCGGCGCAGAUCUUGGCUUGCUAUCGGAAAAAUUGCGCCUCACCAACUUCGGCAGGACAGUUAAUCCUGCCCGAGUGCAUGAAGCUGCUGCCAUUGUAUAUCUCGUGUUUACUGAAAAACGAUGCAUUUUCCGGUGGUUCCGAUCUGACUGUGGAUGACCGAUCGUACGUGAUUUACUUUGUUAUGAGCAUGGAUCUGCCGACUUCCGUUCAAUUCUUCUAUCCGCGUUUGGUACCGGUUCACGAUGUUAAGGUAGAUGAUACGAAUGUUCCAGCUUUCAUUCGCUGCACCGCUGAUAAGAUGAUGGAAGAUGGUGCUUAUAUCUUAGAGAAUGGCGUACAUAUGUUUAUGUGGCUUGGGCUGGGUUUGUCGUCAGAAUUUACACUAUCCGUGUUUGGAGCUCAAUGCACACAACAAAUUGACACUGAUCGUACGGGUUUACCAGUAUUCGAUAAUCCACUUUCCAAACGUGUGCGAGGUAUCGUCGAUAGUAUACAGAACGGAAAGCAUCGGUGCAUGAGGCUCACCCUGGUUAAGCAACGAGACAAAUUGGAGAGCGUUUUGCGUCACUUCCUGGUUGAAGAUCGUGGCAUGACUGAUGGUUCCGCUAGUUACGUGGACUUCCUCUGUCACAUGCACAAAGAGAUUCGAACAUUACUUAGCUAGCUGGAUUGCAAUGAGCACAGUUUUAGUAGUCGCUUCAGAUUUAUCUGUAACAAUAACAACAGUUACGGUUCAUCCACCAAUGCAAAUUGUACCACACGGUCAACGAACAACAACAGCAGUCAGAGCAAUGCGCAAUGCCAGCGGCAAGUGUUUGAAAGGAGCGAUGAAAAUGGAAAUUAUCCCUCGAAAAUCACCAGACACUAUCCACAACGACCACCAAGUGACGAUGCAGACGAUGAGAACGACACCAUCCAGGAAGAAGAUGAAGAGGAUGACGCGUGUUCGGCACAGUCUAACCAGUGUCACCAUAGUCACUACCAAGAACCAGCUGCAGCUGACAGAAGCAUCUCACAGAACCGUACUAAAGUAUUGCGAUACCGUAAAGCAUUCAUGGGAAAGUGGUAAUAAUUGUAACUGUUUCAAAUUAUACACAAUUAUUAUUUUUUAUUACUUUACAAUUAUUUUCCAAUUUAGAAAGAUAUAUAUAAAUAUAAAACACAUGUGCGGAAAUACCUAGUAACAACGCAUAAGAAAACUUUACUAGCGGGGCGUUUUGCUUAGAUGUUUAUAUUAAAUGUGUAAUGAAUCAAAUAAAUUCCUUAACAAACAA